CUGUUCCCUCUGCCUCCCAGCCUCCUUGUGUCACCUGUUCCCUGUUCCUCUGAUUACCUGCCCUAUUGUUUCUUGUCCACCUUUGUCUGUAUUUAAGUUUGCCUUCGUCCUUUGUUCCACGCGGUGUUGUUAUGUCUCUUCCAUGUCCUCGUGAGAUGUCUCUUUUGGAUUUUUGUCUUUGCUCUGGAUUCUGUUGAGUUCUGUUUUAAAUACCCUGUCUACUGGAUUAUUUUGUCACCCUGCACCACGCCUUCAUGUGAGGGAACUCGUUUUAUUAAAGUUGGAGUUUUGAUCCCACUCUGCUUCCUCCGUGCUUGUCUGCCUCUGGUCCACCACAAAAUACCGCAUUUAUGACACAAGCAAGUCAUUCUUAGCCUCCAUCAAAGUCUUUAAACUGUUUUCUGCUUAAAAUAACAGCCAUAUCCUUAAUCAGUUUGCAACAGUUAGGGGCAAGGCAAUGUACUUCUAAAAGACUAUUGUGGCAGGAAAUGCUCUUGGACUGUAAGUUUUCAUGUAACCAAUCAUAUGCAUUCAAAGAACUGGAUCACCACACCUUCUUCUGUCAGAAAUAGAAAGAAUAGUUUCACUGUGGACAGCGUGUAAAGAUGAUCCUGUUCUGGGUUACACUGCUUCUCCUUCAUCAAGGAUCAGAUACACUUGUUCCAGUGACUACAGUUCAGCUUGGUGAAACUGCAACUUUGACAUGCCUUUUACCAGAUGAGAAGAGGAGCAGUAGCGUACUGCACUGGUACAAACAAAGUGCUGGAAAUACAUUGAAAUUAAUUGUGAGUCUGUUGGAAAAUGUCAAGCCAACUUAUGAAUCUGAAUUGUUGGCCUCAAGACUGCGUGCCACAUAUAAAGAGAAAAUUAGCAAUCUGACCAUUUGGAAGACGAUUCAAGGAGAUGAAGGAAUGUAUCACUGCGCAGUGAUCGACUGGAACAAGAACAGUUGGCAAGGGACCUAUUUGCUAUUGAAAGGUAACACUGAAAGGACAUCAACUUAUAAUGUUGCUCAAUGGCCGAAGGUAUCAGAACCAGCCCAUCCAGGAGACCUGGUGACUCUGCAGUGUUUAGUCCUCUCUGACUCUGAUGAGAAGACAUGUUCAGGAGAUCCUAGUGUGUUUUGGUUUAGAGAGAGAUCUGCCAGUGAUGAUGCCAGUGAUGAUGCAGGCAUCAUCUACACUGGUGGAAACAAAAAUGAUGGAUGUGAAAAGAGAUCUGACACUCAGAACAGAUGUAUUUUUAACUUCUCAACGACACUGAGCUCCUCUGACGCAGGUAUUUAUUACUGUGUCGUGGCCGCAUGUGGAGAGAUAUUAUUUGGAAAUGGAACCAAACUGGGUGUUAAAGGAUCCAGCUUGUGGUCUCAGGAUGCUGGAAAGGUCAUUCUUCUUCUGGGUGCUGUCUUGGCUAUAAGUGUGGCUGUGAUAGCUGUCCUGAUGGGGUCCAUCAAGAAAAACAGUUGUGUCCAUUGUAAUGCUGGUACCGAGCUACAGAAACACAUUAGUGGACAGAAAACUCAACAGAGAUCAAAGGGUGGAUGGAUUUACUCUACUGCCAUCUUCACCACAAUGGACUCUGACUGGGCAGGACUAAAGAAAGAAGCAGAGAGAAAGAGGAUCUAUGCUGCUGCCAAAACUUUUGGAUUAAAUUAAGGAAAAAUUUGGCUUAACUGGAAAUUGAAUACCAAUUAUGUUUUUUUCUGUUAUCUCUGUUUUAUUAAUUUAAUACUUUCUGGUGCAGGCCAUCAAUUUGUCUUUUUUCUCCUAACUAUACUUUAUUUUUUUUUAUUUUUUUACUGUAAUAAAGCUCUAAUGUUUUUUGUAGAAUUAUGAAAAAUAAUGUAGAUAUACAUAACAGAUUAUUAUUAAGUUUGAAAUUGGAAAUGGAAGAUACAUAAGGACUUUUGUUUGAGUUUCUUUUGCAGAAUAAAGUCAUUUAAAUUUA